AUGUUGCGAUCAGCAUUCCCUUCAGGCUCGGCAAGAUCGGCUUUGCGCCACACACAGACAUAUGCAUCCACAUCGGCAACUACGCUUGCCUCAUCACGAUUCGCUUCAACGAGACGUGGACUGACAAGCUUGUCGUCCUUUUCAUUGCGCUGCUCUGCCCCGGUGGCUUCUAGCUCAAGGAGAAUACCAGAAGCGUUUCCAAGUGCGCGGAUUCCUUCGCUGACGAGAUCACAAAGGAGGCUGGCUACAACGCUGAUCCGCAAACCGGACGAACCAGAAGAACCCGAAGUCUAUCGAGAUGGCGAACCCACGAUCAUUGCCACCGACCGUGCGAUCGCCCAGCUACAAAAAGUAGCAGAGCGUGAGAACAACUCAUCGUUAGCGCUGAGAGUCGCUGUAGAACCGGGAGGAUGUCACGGCUAUCAGUACAAGAUAGAGAUCACUGAAGAGAUCGAAGAGGACGAUUUUCAGUUCGAAGUGCAUCCUGGCGUGUCCAUCUUGGUCGACAGCAUCAGUCUGGCACUCGUACGCGGAAGCACUAUCGACUAUGUCACCGAGCUCAUUGGCUCUCAGUUUGCCAUCAAGAACAACCCGCAGGCCAAGGGCGCAGGUUGCGGCUGCGGUGUCAGUUGGGAGCCCGUCAUCUAG